UAUAUGUAUGUACAUACUCGUAUAUUGCAAAUAGUUCGCAAUGCCAACAAACUGGCGUACAGCAAAAAUUGUAUUUAAGAGCUAUUCAGCAAUAUUGAAUGGAAGAAUUUGCACGCGGCACACAACGGAGGAACAACUAAAUAUAGUGCUGAAAGAUGAUUGUGCGAUCUGAGAUAUACGGUUUAUUGUUGCUGGCCGUCGCGCUCACCCAAGCGCAUUUUCCCGAAUAUUGUGCAGAGUGUGAGCAAGAAAUUUGGGAGCAGGUGCCCUGCAGAGAUGUGCCAACAACAACAGUGCCCAGCGUAAUAACAACAACGAGCACGAUCAGUCCACCUGUAACACCACCUACUACCGUAGGGCCGGGAACAACGGCUACUCCGCCGCCCGAAGCCACCACACAGGUCUAUUAUUCGAGCACCAUUGCGCCUCCGGUAAAUCUACCCUACGAUGGCAUCGCCUCUUUGCCCGCCUUCAAGAAGUGCUACUGCGACUGCAAGCUUGGCUGCAAGGACUUCUGCCGUAAGAUUGCCAUUUCCGGGCCCAAGCAGCAGCUGACCCAGAUAUCCGCCGUGCGGGACUAUGCGCCAGGUGGACAGAUCGAAUACUCGCAUGUGCACCAACGCAAAUAUUUCCCUAAAUAUGCACCAUCUCUGCCGAGCUACCAUCGCGAAGAGGCAGCUCCUGCAGCCGCAGUGCCUUACCCCCUCACAUAUCAUGAGGCACCAGCGCCUUCAUCUUCUGUGGGCAACAACAUCAAUGCACCCAACUAUACGUUGGAGGAGCUCGCACAUUUGCUAAGCAACGCCUACGGCAAUAGGAAGGGCUAUCCGCCCAGUCCGCAGCCACAGCCAGAGCCGGAGCCACAACCACAGCCACAACAUCCCGUCUAUUACUCGCCCGUGGUGUCCAAGGCCAAGCAUGUCGCCAAUUAUAAGGUGUCCGCCAGUGCCGUUGCCAAUGGCGGUAUUGUUAAGACCCAGAUCAAGACUCCGUAUGUGACGGAGGAGCACGUAGUAACAUCGGCACCACCACCCGCCUAUGAGUCAUCCUCACCAUACCCCAUUGCACCCCCACCACCACCACCCCCACCAGCAAUCGAGCCAAAACCGUAUUCCCUGCCCCCAAGUGAAUCCAAAUCCUACAACCUUCCCCCAAGUGAACCAAAAUCCUAUUCCCUGCCGCCCAGCGAGACAGAAUCGUAUCCCAUGCCGCAGCCCGUGGCGGAAUCGAAGGCCUACGCUCCGCCCCCUGAGUCCAGCUCCUUACAAACCAAGCCCGGUACUACCUUCGACAUGGCCAUCGACAACUAUCUGAAGGACUAUGGCUAUGGCAAUAAUGCGAUCGGCAACAAUGUAAUCGGUCCUUAUGCGAAUUACUGACCCUGAUUCGUCGUUUUGUUAUUAGUUGUAAAGCUUAUCAAUUAUUUAUAAUUAUUUAUUUAUUGUUCGCUAUUAAGUUUGUUAUUGUGGAUUCGCUACGAGAAGCAAUCAAAGAGU